CACAGUGUUUCCGGCUCUACUCGAUUGUAUAGACGCUCGUAAGUUUUCGGCAGUUUCCGGGGAGACUCGGGGCCUCCGCGUUCCGCUCCCUCGGUUGUGAGCACCCCGCGGCGGCGGGGCCGGGGCCGGGGUUCGUCAUGGCGUCCCCGUCUCGGAGACUGCAGACCAAACCGGUCAUUACUUGUUUCAAGAGCGUCCUCUUGAUCUACACUUUCAUCUUUUGGAUCACUGGUGUUAUCCUUUUUGCUGUUGGCAUUUGGGGAAAGCUGAGCCUGGAAAAUUAUUUUUCCCUCUUAAAUGAGAAGGCUACCAAUGUCCCCUUCGUGCUCAUUGGCACUGGCACAGUUAUUAUUCUUUUGGGCACUUUUGGUUGCUUUGCUACCUGCCGAGCUUCCGCAUGGAUGCUGAAACUGUAUGCGAUGUUUCUGACUCUUAUUUUUAUGGUCGAAUUGGUUGCUGCCAUCGUAGGAUUUGUUUUCAGACAUGAGAUUAAGAACAACUUUAAGAUUAAUUAUGAAAAGGCUUUGAAACAGUAUAAUGCUACAGGCGAUUAUAGAAGUGAGGCAGUAGACAAGAUCCAGAGUACGUUGCAUUGUUGCGGUGUCACCAACUAUACUGAUUGGAAGGAUACUGAUUAUUACUCAGAGAAAGGAUUUCCUAAGAGUUGCUGUAAACUGGAAGAUUGUUCUCCACAAAAAGAUGUAGAUAAAAUUAACAGUGAAGGUUGUUUUCUAAAGGUAAUGACCAUUAUAGAGUCAGAAAUGGGAGUUGUUGCAGGAAUUUCUUUUGGUGUUGCUUGCUUCCAGCUGAUUGAAAUCUUUCUAGCCUAUUGCCUUUCUCGUGCUAUAACAAAUAACCAAUAUGAGAUAGUGUAACCAGCAUAUCAAGGACGACCCCUCUCCAACUUUAAGGACAAUUAACAUCCUUUUCCCCUCCAUGUGAACUCUUAAGAUCACCUGCAUGGAAGACCAACUACCAAAAACUACACCUAUAGUCUGAUUUAAUCAAGACAGUCAUUCAAUAAUUCUAACGUCCAUCUUUGGAAUCACUCGUGUUAGAUCAUUAACAACACGUAUCACUCUGAAACACUGGAAGAGCUAGUAAAAUAUUAAUGAAGCAAUACUGUGUUCCUCUUUUUCUCAAAGUGGGGCUUUUGAAAGACAUUGUGAGUUUGAUAUUGAUGUAGUAGGCUAGGAAGUUGACCCUUCUGAAGGUUAUCUGAUUUCAUUGUAUACUUUGCAUUGACUAGUUAAAACAUUAGUUUGUUUUGCUGAUAGGCAGAGUCACAUUGUGAAUUUAAUUUCAACCACUGAUUGGAUGGCAUCAAUCAUCAGAGCUGCCAAAUGGUGUAAUGGUGCUUUGUAACAUAAGGCACCCAAGAAAAAAAGGCACUACCAGUGUUUUGUGAAACAUCAAGUUUCAUCACAGUUAGACUUUGAAUUUCUUUGCAUAAAAAUUAAGGUGCUUCUAAUAAUGUUUGUAUUUCCCCUAUUGUUUGAAAGGUUCUAAUAAUUACUUUAAUGGUGUCGGAAUAUUGUAUUUUCUUUAGGAACUUAAAGCAACUAAAAUUCAUUAGAUAUAGCUGGUGUUUUCUUACCAGGUUGAUAGGACUUAAUUGUCAAUAUUUUGAUCAUUUAAUCAUCUUUGUUUUGGUGUGUACUUUUGAUCAAUAAAUAUAAAUCAUAUAAA